GAGUGUUUGCUUGGUUUAGCUGUUACCAAACCAUUUACAUUGAUUGUUAAUCUAAAUUCAGUUCAUCUUAUAAUGAAAAGGACAAGGACACUCCUAAGAAGCCUACCUACUAAUUUUAUUUGUUUUCCAACUUCCCGGUGAGGUUUUCUGUUGUUCCAUCAACAGGACAGCAAAGUGAGAGGUUGCUCUACAUACUUGCCAUUGCUGUAGAACUUACUGUGUUUAUACUCAAAACUGACUCAGUGCUGUUAAGUCAGCCAAGUCUUUCCCUGGCUUCAGGUUGUUCUGAAUCAGUCUAUAAACCUAAAAUUCAAAGCUGCUUCUAACAAAGAAAACAAAACAUUUUUCCUUCAGUUCCUAACAGGACUUGUGUUGUGGUUUAAGCCUGUUCACAUCUAAUCAUGUUCACCAGUGAUUAUUCCAAGCAUCAUAUGUUAGUGUGAAAUCACCUAGUAUUCAAUAUUUCCUUCAUUGCAUUUGGUUCAUCUACAAUUAUUGCAUUUAAAAAGGGCGGCGGCAUUCUGCCAUCCCUGCUCUCUCACUCUGCAAUUGGGAAUGGUGGUUAUGAAGGGUUGAAAACGUCAUCCAGGUGAUUAGGUAACCCCUGGUAUUUAAGGAGGUGAGAAUAAACACUGAUCUUCUUUUAGGUGUAGACAGGUGUAAGACAGGUUGAAUCGGACAAGGUGAAGGAGGAUUUUUAAAGUGAGAACAUGUGUUUUGGAAGGUGUGUUAGAUGUGUUGGUUAUAAGUUGCUCAUCCUUGCCCUCCUCUGCAUCGUGGCCAACACUUUACUUUAUUUUCCCAAUGGCGAAACAAGAUAUGCUUCAGAGCAUCACCUCAGCAAAUACGUGGAGUGCCUUCAUGGCAUUCUAGGUGGAGGCUUUCUGGUACUCAUUCCAGCAGCAGUGUUCAUUGGGCUUCACAAUGAUGACUGCUGUGAAUGCUUUGGCCAUGAGGGAGGUGGGAAGAGCUGUGCGAUACUGUCCUCAGUUCUGGCAGCCUUUGUUGGGAUCCUCGGCUCUGGAUACUGUAUAACCAUUUCAGCACUGGGCUUGUCUCAAGGACCGUAUUGUUUUACCCACCUAGAGAGAAACUGGAUCUACCCUUUCACUGACUCCUCUGGAGGGUACUUGUUUGAGUAUAACAAGUGGUCUGAAUGUCAGGAACCUCAAAACAUUGUGCAGUGGAACGUCACCCUCUUUUCCAUCCUCCUUGUUUUGGGAGGAAUAGAAUUCAUUCUGUGCUUCAUACAGAUAAUCAAUGGCAUUCUUGGAGGACUGUGUGGGUUGUGCUGCAGUCAUGAGGAGGCAUACGUUUGCUAGAACCUGACAAUGCAUUGACAUCGAUGCAUUUGUGUGCUGUAAUGAAUAUACUGUGGAUUUGUUUUUUAACAUUCUGUGCAUACUGAAAUUCACAUUGUUGUCAAACUGUGCUGUUGGCAUGAAUUUAACUGACUUGGGGCCUUUGUUGCUGGAGUCAUAUGCAGGUUUUCUACUAACCUGCCUGAACUGGAAGGCAAAAUGUAUCCUGAAUGUCUUUGGUUCAUUUCAUCUUGGUACAGGCAACUGCUUUAACACAUGUAACUAAAAUGGCGUUAUUUAUUUUUCUCUUUCUACUGACAUAACAGCUCUGUACUUUGUCCUGCUUUCCCAAUAAAGUUGCUCUUUCAUUCCGAUCUUGAAAUGAACACAAACCAGAUCUAGCCUGGCCUGGAUAAAAGGUUUUGGUCAGCUGGACCAAAUCUAAAGCAAUAGUAAAAUGUGGAUGAUUAAGGGCUUUUCAGGAUUUUUCUGAACUUCCCCUGUAUUUCACAAAUAAAGAUUUGUAUUAAAAAUA